AUACAAAUGGAGAAGAAUAAGAAAAGAUAGAGGUUAAUUGCUUUUUUACAAGUCAGAGGAAUUAUGAGAAAUUUCUUAAGGGAUAGUUAUCAUGAACGUUAAAAUAAAAUUAUGCUACAGUAAUAAGUUGAUGAAAUAAUGGAAGAAGAUUCUGAUUUGGAAGAGCUGGAAUGGAGACUAUACAGUCAAGUUUACCAUUCUAUUGGUGGAAAUGAAGAAAAUCCCAUUUCUGAAAAUGCCAUGGAUCAUGUACCUUCAGCAAGAAAUAAUGUUAGGAAACCCAAGCGUUAUUUUCAGCAAAAAGUUCAAUCUGAUUCACCCUAUCAAUCACGAACAUAUAUUUCAUUAGACAAAAGUCUAGUUGAAGAGAGUUCCACCUCUAAAAUUCAAAAUGAUUUUACAUUUGAUUCUAACUCGACAACUAUUAUCACCAGUAGUGACAAGGAUCAAUUCCACAAUAAUAUAACAGUUAAUCAGUUCACUUUACCGGUCAUAAUAAAUCCUGAUAGGACCUUAAUAUCGCAGCCUGAAAAGUAUAUUACUUCUUGGUCGAAGGAGACCCUUAAAUUGUUGAAAUUGUCUAAAAAGGAUAAAAAGAAACAAAAAAAAAGAAUAGACAAACCAAAACAAUCGAAUGAAGUAACCAUAUUUUUAUCUGACGAUUCUGAUGAUUGUGUUAUAGUAGAGAAUAACACAAUUACAAACAUUUCUAGAAAUCAAGAAAUCAAUACUGGAUUUCCCAAAAAAUAUGAUGAAUUGGAAGGCGGGAAAAAACCUGAAUCAGAUGAUGAUAUUGUUUAUAUCCCACCAGCUCCUAUUGAGGUAAUUGACAUUGAAGAAAAUGAAACAGAAAUAAAUCCUCCAAUUAUACUUGUCGAUAAAUCUGGUUCAAAAGAUAUAUCGAAGAAGUCUACUAUAGAAAAUCAGUUGAAAAAUUCCAGCAACCUAGAAGAAAGCAGAGAUUUGGUGAAAACUCCAGAGUCAAAUGCAUCGAAUGAUUUCCUAGAACACCCAUCGCCAGAGAAUAUCUCUACGGACUUCAAUUUUAGUUUACAUGGAUCAGAUUUUAAUAAUAGCCACGGGGAUUUUGUAAGGCCAUCAACAAAGCCUGUUGAAUAUUGUGAAACUGAAAGUAGUUGUAGUACAAAUGAGCAGAACAGAGAUUUCAGCAAUACAGUUAAAACAAUUGUUUUUGAUGAAGUUGAGUUUCCCAAAGAAGAUAUAUUUUCUGAAAAAAAUUUAGAAAGUUUCAGUUCAUUUAUAACACCCAAAAGAAACACCAAGUCAUCUAAGGAAAUUUCAACCAACCAAAGUCCUAAAGUCGUUUGUGAAAACAAACAGGAUCAUAAUACUUCAUCAGAUGAUACCAGUUCUGAGAGUGAUUAUGAUCAUGUCAAUGAAAUCAAACUGAGGAUUAUUGAAAAUGAUCCAAAAUAUAAAAAUUUACCACAUUUAUCACCUAUGACCCGUUUUGAAGGGACACCUAGAAAAAGUAUAUCAAAGGCAUUAACAGCCAAAAGUUUUCUGCAAAGUGGCUCAAAAUUUGAGUUGGAAAAAAUAGAAAAUUCUCCUACAUCUGAAGACAGAAAUUAUCAACUGAAGAAAAAACAAAGGAAGAAGAAGAAAAAAUCAUCCCAAAGAGUAAUUAUAAACUCUGAGGAUGAUGAUGAUGAUGAUGAUAAUCAAUAUUCAUCAGGAAGUAAUGAAGAAAAUACAGAAAAUAAAAAGAGGCAGUCUGAUUGUGCCCAUCUUUCCAAUGUCGGUGACUCAAAGGAAAAGUCUCCUACCUCAUCCAAACAAAAACGGAGAAAAGGGAAAUCUGUCACUUCCGAAAAUCAUCAAAGAAUAUCAGACAAUGAAAUUAUAAAUAGUCUUCAAGAAAAAUCAAGGAAAAAAAGAAAGAAGGAUGUGUUAGUUGCUGAAAAAUCACUAGAGAAUGAAGCAAACGUUGCAGGAAGUGGUGAAACUGAAGUCGACCCUACAUCUGACCCAAAAGAGGAAAAUGAUGAGUCCCAAAAUAUUGAAGAUGGUAGAGAUGUUGAUGUAGAAAAGGUGAUAGAAACGGUGAUACUACCUGGGAAAUUUAAAAAGAAGAAAAGAAAAUCUGGUCCCGAAAUCCUACAAGAUGAUUCUGGUUUAGAAAUAUCUGAAGGGACUGCGGAUAAGUUGAAAAAGAGGAAAAAAAAGAGAGAUUCAACAUCAGAAAAACUACUGUCAACUGAAAUGGAACAACAAAUCUCUGUUGGAAAUACAGUAUUAUCAACAAAUGAUGAACCCAUAGAAAAUAAAAUUGAUGAUUCUUUGUUAAUAACUGAGAGUAAUUCUGAGCCUGUAAAUUGUGAAAUUGAACAGAAUACAUCUGGAUUUGGAACAGACCUCAUAGUAAUCGAUGAUACUGAAAACAACCGUGAAGUCCAAGUAAUAACAUUUUCAGACUCUGAAUCCGAUUCAAAUUUCCAUAACUUGGAAGAUAUUAGUGACGAAGUCAGAUUGGCUAACUGUUUCAGCAGUGUUGAAGUUACUGAGGAGAAAAAUAGUACUGGAAAAAAUAUAUGUGAUAGUGAAAUUUCUCAGGGAACUGCAGCUUUUGAAGAGUUCGAUGUUGAUAGAGUCCAGAGGAACCAGUCAGAUGAUCCAGAUAAAUGGAAAAUUUCCCACAAAGACCGUGCCACCUAUUUAAAAAUGGAUGGUAAUAAGGGACCGAGGUGUAACCGCUGCAGGCAUUUUGGACAUAUAGCUUUGAAAUGUACAGAAAAACCAGAACUGCCAAGUUGUUUUCUUUGCGGUCAAAGAGACCAUAGAGAACCGAGGUGUCCAAAUAAAAGAUGUACACAGUGUGGAAAUCAUGGAGAUUAUUCGACAACUUAUUGUUGGAAAUGUUUCAAAUUUCGUAAUUCCGUGUGCAGGUUAUGCAAAAUGAAGGGGCACGUUGAAAAUACAUGUCCUGAUAUUUGGAGAAGAUAUCAUUCAACCACUAUCGAAGGUCCAAUUGUUAUAUCUCAAGGUCAAUUCAAACCAAGACAUGAACAGUGGUGUUCAGGAUGUGCCCGACAAGGGCAUUUAGAGCAUGAAUGUAAUAAUUAUAAUAGAGAGUAUCCGCCAACCACACCAUACAUCAUUAAUUAUGAAGACAAUUUGGCUGAGGACAAGAACAAAUUGCCACAAUCUAUUGUUGCUAAUGAAGACCCACAGGAGUGUGUGCCAAGAAAUUUAGAUGAUUCUGCUCCCAGCACGUCUUCUGCCCAUAACAGUGUUUUUUACCAACCCACAAUUGAUGCUCUUCUAAUGUCUAAUCAAUUUCCGUUUCCAAAUCAACAACAACCCAAUCAGUUGUCAGUACUUGGUCUGUUACCACCUCCCAGUCAGAUAGGUUACCUAAAUCAAGUCUUACCCCCUUAUACGUUGAAACUGUUCAGUCAGCUGCCAGUGCUUAGCCAGUUACAAACAAUGGCUAUGAUGAAUAAACAAAGUGUGGUUCCGAACCCUGUUAAUCCCAACUUUAUCAACGAAAUUCCUAACAGGGUUUUGAAUCCCUGUUCUGUUCCUAAUAGUACAAGUACUUUGUCUUCUGUAAACUCCACCAAUGAAUAUUAUUUAGACAAUGCCAAGAUGACUAAAGUUAUUGACGAGAAAGAAAUUAAGAAAAUAAUACUUUCUGCCUCCUUCUCUGUUGUCAAUGACUUUUUGAUACAACAAAUGGAAGAGUUAAGAAAUACUGAUAUUCAACCUCGACUCUUAAAAAAUAAACUAUACAAAUAUGAUAAUGUAAAUGCAAAUAAAAGAUCAACCACAAAAUUCAAACGGGAGAAAUCCUAUUGGUUCAGACUCCUCAAUAUGUUCAUCUUUGGUAAGCACAAGAUUGGCGAUGGUCAGCUACAUGUUAAUUAUUUGAACAAGUAUCUGACUCACCCGAUAAAGUCUCAAUUGGAUGAUCAUAAACGACGGUCAUUGUUGAGUUCAUAUUCUUAUAUAUUUACCUAUGAUAAACAUAAAAAUGUUAAUUACUAUAAGUGGAUAAACAUUCUGAUUCAGAAAUAUGAGAAAAGAUCGAUUAAUAAGUAUAUCUCAUGAGUACAAUAUGUCAUGCAGUGAUAGGUAUUUAACAAAAUGUAAUAUACUUUUGAUAAAAUUGUUUCUAAAUUUUUGUUUCAAAUAAAUUCGAUAUUAAUUUGUU